CAGUCCCCCGAGACCCCGACUCUUCCACCUCCUUCGUCCACCGCCUCGCCGCCGCCUCCUUCCUCCCCCCUCCCCCCUCCUCGGGCUCGGGCGCCCCAGUCAGCCCCCUCUCUCCUUAAACCCUCGGCGCGAGCCAAACCAAACCCCGUCGAACCCUCCCACAUUCCUUGCCCCUCCCGCAAGCCGCGCCAUGUCCCGCAUCGCGAGGUCGCGCCUCGCCCUCACGCUCAGGACCUCCGCCGCCCCCUUCUCCACCUUUUCACCCGCCGCCGCCGCGUCCUCCGCCUCGAAGGAGGCGGCUGCCGCUGCCGACGCAUCCCUCGCUCCCAAGGAUGCGGCGGCUGCCGCCUCCGUGUCCUCUUCCGCCGCUGGCGAUCCCUCCCCGGCGCCGCCUUCGGGGGCCCGCAGUGCGUUCGGCCUGCUCAAGACCGGUAUCCUCACCGCCGUCACCGCCGCGUUCGGCGCCACUGGCUAUGUCACAUACGCUUAUUCUCUGGAUGAAGUGGACCACAUGACGCGGGACUUCCGGAAGAACUCGAAGAUUCCAAUCAGCGAGGACUUGUCCGGCUUUGAGAAGUUUAAGGCUAUGGCUUAUUCAGAAACUAUGAAAGUUCCUGCUUCUGCUAUUGACCUCUACUUGGAUGUCAGGAGCCAAAUUGAAGAUCAAAUUCAGGGAUUUGUUGAACCAUCAUCAGAAAAACUCCUUCCAGAUCUACCUCCUCAAGAACAGCAUGUCUUUACCAUAGUUCUGGAUCUGAACGAGACUCUUGUAUACUCAGAUUGGAAGCGUGAGAGAGGAUGGAGGACUUUCAAGAGACCAGGAGUAGAUGCCUUUUUGGAACAGCUUGCGAAGUUCUAUGAAGUUGUUGUGUAUUCUGAUCAAUUAAGUAUGUAUGUUGAUCCUGUUAUGGAAAGACUGGAUGCAAAAGGCUGUGUCCGGCACAGGUUAUCAAGAGUUGCAACUAAAUAUGUGCAUGGAAAACACUAUCGGGAUUUGUCAAAGCUGAACAGAGACCCUGCACGAGUUAUUUAUAUCAGUGGGCAUGCUCUUGAGUCAUGCCUGCAGCCUGAAAAUUGUUUGCCGAUCAAACCUUGGAAGCUUGAAGCCGAGGACACUCAACUGAUUGAUCUUAUUCCAUUGCUUGAAUAUGUCGCUAUGGCAAGAGUUUCUGACAUCAGACCUGUCCUUGCAUCCUUUGAAGGCCGUGACAUCGCUGCCGAAUUUAUUGAGCGUUCGAGGCGCUUGCAUGAACAAAAACAACAACAUGGACGCAUUUGGCGGCGAUGAUUAUUGAAUCUGCUGGUAGGGAAGCAGAUCAUUACACCAACUUCAAUACACCUAGAACUUUUUUUAGAACUGUAAGACUUGUCUUUGUAAUUUUGCCAGACUUUCAUUUCAGAAAUCGCCUACUUUUGGUAAUUGCGUCAUGUUUCAAUUACUAUAGGUGUCUUGGACUAAUGUCUGACCAAGCUAUAUGAGAAUUUGAAGAUCACGUGAGCACAUGUCAAUUUAAAGUUCACUUUGUUGACAAUAUGAUAAUUUGUUAAACGA